AUGCCCGUCGCACGCUGGUCUCUGCUAUCCAAAACGCCUUGGAUUGCUAGGUCGUCUCAUUCCGUAUCAGUAACAAAAUCGGGCGUCGUCGUUGUUUAUGGGGGUGAACUAAAGCCUCGCACGCCCGUUGACUCCUGCACCGAUGGACAAGAAGGGAUAGUCAAGGGAUCCGUGCAUCUGUUCGAUCUGAAGGAUCGCUCUUCUCAGAUCGCACAUCGAGGAUGGCGGACACUCAGUCCCGCUUCGAACGCUGCCAAGGAUGCUACGUCUGGUAUCCCAGAUGCCAGAGUUGGAGCGACGAUUGUCUGUGAUGGUCAAUCAUUAUACCUGUGGGGAGGGCGUGGAGGAGUAGACAUGGCUCCCCCCGACAAAGCGCAGGUCGGGAUCUGGCGCAGUGAGAUAAAGGAUGAUGAAACCUCUACAGUGAUUAACUGGCAGAGGAUACCUGCUGUGAACGAGGAACAAGCUCCAGAAUCACGCAGCUUUCAUACCGCAGUUACUUAUGCGGGAAAAAUCUACAUCCACGCAGGAUGUCCGACGACUGGGAGGCUUAGUGCAUUGGAUUCUUUCGAUAUCGCCACUCGCACCUGGAAAUCUCUUGCGCCAGCCCCAGAUCCUGUGCGCGGAGGCACUUCUCUUGCCAUGGCUUCGCCGAACCAAGGGGGGGUGGUUUUAGUCCGAUACGGGGGUUUCAGCGGCUAUGAACUGCCUUCCGAAGCGGGGAGCCUUGACGUCUAUUCCAUUGAAGAAGAUAAAUGGUUUACCGUGCAGCCCAAAGCAGAUUCCGAGCACGGCAGCCCCGGGUCCCGCUCUGUUCAUGGCUUUGCGCCAUUUCAAUCGACCUCGCCUUCAUUAGUAGACGCCGUCGCAUUACUCUUUCACGGAGAAAGGGACGCGAGUACCCUGGGGCAUGCCGGUGCCGGUACAUUCUGGCACGAUGUAUGGCUGCUCACGAAACAGAAAGCCGACGGUGUGACAGAUGGAUGGGCUUGGAAGAAGGCGGAAGUGACUGCUACAAAUGCAACUUCCGAAAGCAUUCUAAGCGUCCCGGAAGGCAGAGGAUGGCUUGGUUCAACAGCUUGGGUAGACGACAAAGGUAACUCGCGGAUUGUGAUGCACGGUGGAUUGCUGUCUUCAAACGAGAGAAGCGAUGAAUUAUGGGAGUUACAAGUGGAGUGA